UCUCUCUUAAAUGUUAUUUUAUUCCACCAAUUGUCUGUAUAGAAUUUUAGUAAAAGGAACAAAAUCAAUGCCCUCAUAACGCCAGUAGCCAGGCCCCGUUUUUGUGCUUCUUGACUAGUUAUUAAUAUAUCACCCUAUCACUCUGCUUCUGCAACCUUGCUUUGCCAUAACUCUUAAAGCUAAGUAAAAAUACUUUUAACCCACUGUUCCCCCUCCUUUCCUUGCUUUUCACUUUUUCAGAUUCUUUCUCUCUAAAUUCUGAGCAAGGAAUUUAUAUCCCCUGUCUGAGGUUUUAUUGGGAAGAUCUUCCACCCAGAUCGUGUCUUUUCUUUAACCCUUUUGCUCUCCUUGUUCCUUUAAACCACUCCUCCAACCCCACCCGUUUUUUGUAGUUCUAUCUUGUUAAGCUUUUUGCUUCGACAUCACGCUCCAAAAAUGGAUGAAUGCAAGAGAAGUGGACAGAUACCAGCGUUUGGGAACUGGGAUUUCGCGAAUGACUUGCCAAUCACUCAGUACUUCGAGUGUGCAAGACAAGCUGGUUUGGUUCGUUACAGUUCAUCCUCAGGCGAAAGUGAUCCUUACAUGCGUGGAGAUCGCGACCUUUACGCUGUUGAUUUUAAGAAACCUGUUCGGAGCAUACAACCUUCGACUCUCAAAAAGGGGACGAGGAACAGGGAAAGGAGGUGCCCGCAUGUUAUGGUUAAGGAGAAGGAAAGUAUGAAUAUGAGAAAGCAGGGGAAAGUGUGUGACGUUACGGAACAUCCAAGGAAGCUAAUGAGCAAGCAGCUGCAUCUACACGACGUCGUUCCGCAAUAUCCGCCGCCUCGUGUUGCUCCCAAACCCGUUGAUGAAGAUCUCUAUAAGAUCCCUCCAGAGCUCCUUCGUACAACCAAGCGGAAGAAAAUGCUGGGUUUCAUUUCCAAGUGUCUGGUACCUACUGCUUGCGUUUCAUGAGCAGGACUAUGUUGGAAUCUACUCUCCAAACAACAUAAUUCCUAGG